AUGAGCGAGUUUGAGCAGCUUGGCAUCCACCAGUGGCUAUCGAAGCAGUGUGCCUACAUGGCGUUGCACCACCCCACACCGAUCCAGAAACUUUGCAUUCCCGCGAUUCUAGCCGGCAAAUGCGUGGUGGGAGGCGCGGCCACUGGAAGCGGUAAGACGGCAUCAUUUGCCCUCCCACUGCUGCAAAUUCUUGCUGAGGACCUGUACGGGGUGUUCGCGCUUGUGUUGACGCCAUCCCGUGAACUUGCAUACCAAAUCUUGGAUCAGUUUGUGGCGCUCGGUGCUCCUUUGCACAUACGCCCCGCCAUCAUUAUUGGUGGUGUGCCGCAUGAGCAACAGCUGGACGCAUUAAAAGCCCGCCCACAUGUCGUUGUUGCCACGCCGGGCCGUCUGAAAUUUACGUUAGACACCUUCCCAGAGGCCCGCAAAGCCUUUUCUCACCUGCGUUUUCUUGUGCUUGACGAGGCGGACAGGCUGACGAGCGGUGACAUUGAAACAGAUGUAGCGGAGAUUGUUAGUCUGCUUCCCCCCGCACGCCCCGAGCGGCGUGUGCUGCUGUUUACCGCCACACUGGAGCAGCGCCUCACGCGUGUGGAAGAAGGUGGGUGGCUGGAACGUCUUGGAAUGUCGGAUGCCGCUCAACAGCUCGAAGUGUUCGCCAUCAACACAGUGACCACUGCCACAGAUGGUUGCGGGGCUACAGCUGGGUCGUAUGCUGUUGCCGACUCGUUGCAGCAGCGAUACCUCUUUAUCCCCAAUAUGGUGAAGCUAGCUUAUCUCGUCGCGUCCCUUCGGGCUGCGGGGACGGAGCAAUCCACCAUUGUCUUCACCAAUUCCUGCAUGCGUUGUGAAGUUGUUCGACUGACGUUACAGCUGUUAGGAUUCCCCGUCUGCAGUCUUAACUCGAUCAUCUCACAGAAACACCGACUCGACAACUUGGCUACAUUCAAGCUAGGAAUUGCCCGCAUUUUGGUGGCAACGGACAUCGCGAGUCGCGGUUUGGACAUCCCCACUGUGGGUCUGGUGUUGCACUACGACCUGCCCAAGCAGGCGCCUACGUACUUGCACCGCGUGGGUCGCACAGCGCGUGCUGGUCGUGAGGGUCUUUCCGUUGCCUUUGUGACGGAGUACGACGUGGACUUGGUGCGCCGUCUAGAGAAGAAAAUUAAGUACACCAUGACGCUUUGGAAGGCCAAGGGUGUCAGUGAGAAGGAGGUAUUGCGUGUUCUUGAUGAAGUCUCGGCUGCGAAGGUGCAGGCGAAGCUUCAGGUGGAGGAUCAGUUUGGGCAGCGUGUGAACACAUUGAAGGCCAACGCGGCAGAAAAGCGAACUCGCCAGUGGGAGAAGGAGGAGCGCGUGGAUCAGCAGCAGGAGCAGCAGGCAACAACCGCAAAGAUGCGUCGCACCAGCUCCAGCAAAUUAAAGACCAUGAAAUUAGUUUCGUCACACUCCAUACCGGAUGUUGUCCCCGUCAAGGGACACUCGGAAACCAAGCAGGCAAAAAAAACAAAUAAGCGGCGGAGCGACAACGUGUAA